AUUCCGCAUCUAUAAUGGAACUUAUGUUCGUUUUAGUGUCAAUAUUUUUACCUUAUGCUGCUUUUGUGGAAUGCAGUUCGAUAAGUAGUAAUAGAAAAUUUCCAGAUGGAUUUAUGUUUGGAACGGCCACAGCCUCUUACCAAGUUGAAGGUGCUUGGGACGUAGACGGAAAAUCGGAAAAUAUCUGGGACCAUUUAACUCAUACAAAUCCUUGCAAAGUGCUGGAUUGCUCUAAUGGUGAUGUCGCUGACAACUCUUAUUAUCUCUAUAAAAGAGAUGUGGAAAUGAUGCGAGAGUUAGGACUCGAAACUUACAGGUUUUCUAUCUCUUGGUCUAGAAUCCUUCCUACUGGUUUUCCAAAUUACAUUAAUGAAGCUGGCGUCGCAUAUUACAACAACUUAAUUGAUGAAAUGCUUAAAUAUAACAUUCAGCCGAUAAUAACUUUAUACCAUUGGGAUCUACCUCAAAAAUUACAAGACAUGGGAGGCUGGGCAAAUAAUGAAAUUGUUAAUUGGUUUGGGGACUACGCACGAGUUAUAUUUAAUCUUUUUGGUGAUAGAGUAAAAUAUUUUAUCACUAUUAAUGAACCUCAUCAAGUGUGCGCUCUUGGAUACGGUAAUGAAUUACUGGCGCCAGCACUAAAUAUACAAGGUAUCGCUGACUACUUAUGCGUGAAGAAUCUACUGUUAGCUCACGCUAGAGCUUAUCACAUUUAUGAUAAAGAAUUUAGAGCGAAACAAAGUGGAAAUAUAUUUAUUACCAUAAACGCCGAGUGGCAUGAAUCAGAAUCAUUGGAUCACGAGGAUGCAGCCCGGGAUGCUAGACAAUUUCAAUGGGGGGUAUAUGCUCAUCCAAUAUUUUCAAAAUCGGGAAACUACCCACCAGAAAUGAUAAAGAGAAUAGCGGAUAAAAGUGCUGCACAAGGUUUUCUCAGAUCAAGAUUACCAGAACUAACUAACGAGGAAAUUAAAUUUGUACAAGGAACCUCUGACUUUUUUGGGCUGAAUCAUUAUUCAACAAGUUAUGUCUAUAGAAAUGAGAGUUCUUCUGAAAUUUAUCCUGUACCUUCAUACAACGACGACCUUGAUGUAAUACAAUAUAAAUUACCUGUAUGGAAAAUUGGUGAAUCAGAUAUGACAAAGUUUGUCCCAUGGGGUUUUCGAUCAGUACUAAACAGCAUCAGCCAACUGUAUGGAAAUCCCCCUAUAUUGGUCACUGAAAAUGGAUUUGCGACCAAUGGUGGAAUCGACGACAAAGACAGGGUGACAUAUUACAGAGGAUAUUUAAACGCCCUCCUAGAUGCUAUCGACGACGGCGUUGAUAUACGAGGUUAUACGGCCUGGAGUCUCAUGGAUAAUUUUGAGUGGUUAAAAGGAUACACUGAACGCUUCGGUCUGUAUGAAGUCGACUACAACGACCCAAACCGUACUCGCACGCCUCGCAAGUCCGCUUAUGUACUGAAGGAGAUUAUAAGGACACGAUCUAUUGAUCCCAACUAUGAACCUGACAUGAGCCAACCCCUGACCAUUGAUGAUGGACACUAAAUAAUGAAAACAUCAAAAAUACACGUUUUUUAUUGAAUUUUUUCCAAAUAAAUGUUUUAAAUUUUUAAUGAAACAUUUUUUUAUGAUUUUUAAUUAUACUUCAAUUUA